GAAGGAGAAAAUCCACUGGUGGAAGAAACAGCAAAGCAAGAUCUUAAAAAUCCGUCUCAUCGCUAUAAAAAAAAUGGCAAAUGCUGGAGUUCAGCUGCUGGGUUUCACGCUGGCCUUCCUCGGCCUGAUUGGAACCAUCGCUUCCACCAUCCUGGUGGAGUGGAAAGCUUCGUCGCACGCGGGGGACAACAUCAUCACAGCCCAGGCUCUGUAUGAGGGUCUGUGGAAAACCUGUGCAUGGCAGAGCACCGGGCAGAUUCAGUGUAAAGUCUACGAUUCCCUCCUUCAGCUGCCAGGUAAGGUUUCACCUGUCAGCCCGACAGGAGCCCGCGGUCACAACAAAUCCAAAGAUGCUUUGCAAGUAGAGAUCACGAUUGAUGUUGUUUCUGCAGGUCUGUUUGCUCUGGUUGGAACAUCCUGGUACGGCCACAGAGUAGCGCAGGACUUCUACAACCCGUUUACCCCAACUAACUCCAGGUAUGAAUUUGGGACGGCCUUGUACGUUGGAUGGGGGUCAGCCUGUCUGUGCCUUAUAGGUGGGGGCUUCCUCUGCUGCAACUGUUCAGGGAAUAGCAGCUCUGGGAAAACCAUGCACUACACAUCAGCCGGCGCUGCAGGGGACCGGAACUACGUGUAGGAGGACAGGCUCUGUCCAGCGUUUAGUCAGAGCCUUUACAAAGCAGGGAAUAUACAGAUCUGUGUUAAUAAUCACCAGCAUGUUAUAUUUUUCAUCUCUUUCUCUAAAGAUUAAUAAUAUCCAGUGGCAUUUUGUAGUUCUUAAAGUGUGCAUAAAAACAACUGGCAUCACCUUUUUAUUGUGUCCUUUUUAUAGCUGAUGUAAAUGUGAUCAACUUUAUCAGGAAUUUGUUUUAUAUUGAUCUAUAUUGUUUUUAAUUUGUUAUUAAUAAUCCAAUUAAAGCUAAAUGAUAAUGUUUCUUGAUGUAUAGGUUUGUUUUAAUGUAGGUAAGAUCUGUCCCUGCAGAAAAGAAACUUUAAAACAAUGUUUAUUAAACUCUAUCCGUUGUUACCCGAUCCGUACCACAACCCCAACCCCUUUACAGGAGAACAGAAGACCUCUCCUAUUC